GAAAAAAGUUGCAUGCAUCCCCUCGACAAUGGUACACCGUGACUUGAAGGAAUCAAGGACUCUUAAUUCUUCAUAUUGAUGUGUUUGUGUCCUGUUCCCGCAUCUCCCCGGCACAAUCUCGGCCGAUUUGAUAGAUCUCAGUAUGCGAGAUGUUCAAACAGCAUGCGUGUGGCCAUAUGGCUUCCACGCCGCUUGGCUAAAAGAGUUGGCGAGCCCCAGUCGUGCAUUCCCCAAUUUUCUCCGAUGAAAGUACCAUCGUCGCUUGCUAUCGCUGCCGCGUUCUCCGCCUCGUCCGUGGCGGCGCUGGACGCCAGGUUCUUCGGCAUCAACUACGACUUGCGUACCAACCAGUGGGGUGGGUGCAAGAAUUUCCACACGAUCGCCGAGGACUUCAAUAUUCUCAAGCGACUCACCGACUACGUCCGCAUCUACGGGAUUGAAUUUGACUGCACCAAGAACAUUCUCAAAGCCGCCCGCAACAGCGGGCUCAAGGUCUGGCUCGGCCUAUGGAGCGAGGUCGGCACGACCGUCGUGCGCGACGGACGUAACCACGAGGUGAUCGACUCGUUCCCGUCGCAAUUUGACGCCUUGAAGAAACUCGUGGAUCAAACCAAAUGGAUCAACAACGACGAAAUUCUCGGCAUCCAAGUGUCGAGCGAAGCCUUGUACCGGUACUACGUACAAGGGCCAGGCAAAUCGGCCGGCAGCAGCGACCGCUACGGCAUCGACACGCUCGCCCAGCUGCACGAGGCCGGCUGGAGCACAGCGGGUGAGGACCCCGUCGUCAACGAAGCGUCCCCCCGGGCCCAAGGCGUGUUCACGCAGGACUUUCUCACCCUGGUGCCGCGCCAGAACCUCAAUACGUUCUACUUUGCCGCGUUCGAUUUGCCGUUCAAUCCGACCGAGAUUGAACGCAACUUUGGCAUUCACGAUGUGAAUCGCACGUUAAAGCCAGGGGUGGAGGCCGUCCACGUCGGCGCGCCGCUCCAAGCGGUCCGCCUCUGGGCCGGAGACAACGUGAUCAAGGCGCACCGCUACUGGAACGCGAACGACUCGGUCAACGAGAACUUUGGCGGCGUGUAUGCUGCGAAGCCGUCUGUCGGUCCAUCGGGGCUUUUGGACGACGAGAUCUGGCUGUGGGACAAAGACUCCAGCAUCUUGUACUCCAAGAGCUCGAAUCAGUGCUUGGAAUCUACUGGCGAGGACAACGACACGCAGAACCUGCACACGUCCCCCUGCUCCAAGGACAACCGUGAUCAACAGUGGAGUGUCGCGAACGGCAACAUUGCGAGUCAGAACGAUGCCAAAUUUUGCAUCGACGUGAACCGCCCAACGACCCCCGACGGGAACCUCGUGGUCACGGUGUCUCCGUGUAACAAGCAACCGACCCAGUCGAUCUCGAUAGUCCCGGCGACCGACGAACCCCUUGAGAUUGGCAUCAAGACGAACGGCGACGGGCUGACUGUGUUCCCCGGCGGAGUGAAGUUGCAAUCCACUAGCCAUCCGCACCGUCAGAGCCACCAGUGGUUCUACGAUCCCGUCAUUCAGAGCAUUAAGAGCAAGUCCUCGAGCCAAUGCUUGGACGCGCCCAAGGGCGUGAACGAUGGACCUGUGGUCUUGGCCAAUUGCGAUCCCAACAACGUCAACCAGAAGUGGGUCUUGAACGACUUCACGGGCCAGAUCCAUCAUGCAACGCACUUUGGGUUUUCCCUCGGCGCCCCCGACGACGUUGACGGACUCGUGCGCUUGUUGUGGAGUGACAAAAACAACGUCAACCAACACUGGAACAUCAAGCCCGUCAAGGCCAACGCGUAG